AUGGCGUCUCCUGCCCAAAAAUUACCCGUUGGUUGGGCUGCAGAGGACAACCAACAUCAACGAUACCUCUUCAUCGAAACCGCGACUGGGGCGACGCAGUGGGACCCGCCUGCAUCUCAAGAUGGUCCAAACGUUCAAAAUACCCCACCAGUUGCUGAACCGUCAGUUCAUCAUGGGAAACGGAGGCAGUACGCUGCGGGCCAAACGCAGGUGUAUUAUGGAGGUGGCGAGGCCGCGCCCGAUCUGGCCUAUCCAGCUCCAGGACUUCAACCCCAGGCAGUUCCUGGCGCCCAACUUUUCACGCCAGGUUUAGUUGGGGAGAAUCAGUUCGCGACGCAGCAGACGCACCCACCACCUGGGCAAUCUGGCUACUAUAACCAGGCGGAGUCCGAAUACAUCAAUGCCCCUUCUUUUGGUCAACCUCCGCCGCCCUAUGGGCAGGCGCCUGUGGACGCUCUUGCAGGUCAAUUUGGGCAAAUGGGGGUUGGCGGACAAAAACAGUUUCAUUUGUACACCACAAAUCUUCUCACUUCCCCUCCAGAGCCACGCGACCUCCAACGGCCUCCACCUGAAAUCCGACUUCCGCCCAACUCAUGUAUCUCGCCAUCACCCUUCGCAAAUGCGCAUCCGUCCUACCAAAGAUGUACAUUGAAUGCAAUCCCAACGACAUCCUCGCUAUUAACUAAAGCAAAAAUCCCUCUGGCCCUUGUGAUCACUCCCUAUCGAUCAUUAAAAGAGGGGGAUGAAGCCGUACCAGUCGUGACCGAUACUGUUAUUGCUCGAUGCCGCCGCUGCAGAACGUAUAUAAAUCCUUAUGUGCAAUUCCUUGAAGGGGGCAAUCGGUGGCGAUGCUGUAUGUGUAACAUGACGAACGAAGUUCCUCAACUCUUUGACUGGGAUCAAGUGCGAAAUCAACCUGGUGACAGGUGGUCGCGAGCAGAGCUGAAUCACUCAGUUGUCGAAUUUGUUGCACCCACCGAGUACAUGGUCCGACCCCCGCAACCUGCCGUGUACAUCUUCUUGAUUGAUGUCAGUAACUCUGCUGUGCAGUCGGGAAUGGUUGCCACUGCUACACGGACAAUCCUUGAAAACCUUGAUCGCAUCCCUGACGAGGACGGAAGAACCAAGGUUGCCAUCAUCUGCUUUGACGUGUCUCUGUACUUUUUCUCCCUACCAGUCGGGAGCACAGAUUCCAACAUGCUUGUUGUUUCUGACAUUGAUGACGUCUUCUUGCCCAAGCCGACCGACCUUCUUGUUAAUUUGGCGGAGUCUCGCGCAUCACUGGAGACUUUGCUUGGGAGGAUCAACGAUAUGUUCCAGGAAAAUAGCAUCAUCGGUAGUGCGUUGGGGCCUGCACUGCAAGCUGGUUUCAAGCUAAUGUCGCCAAUUGGCGGGAAGAUUGUGGUUCUGUCCUCGACCUUACCCAGUGUUGGCCCUGGUGCUUUAAAAAACCGAGAAGAUCCGAAGAUUCUGGGUACUGCCAAGGAGUCCGGACUGCUUCAAGCUGCAGUGCCAUUCUACAAAACAUUCGCAAUCGAUUGUUCAAGAGCUCAAGUCUCAGUCGAUAUGUUCCUCUUCAGCGCGGCUUAUCAAGAUGUCGCAACACUUGCCUGUCUACCGCAUUACACUUCUGGCCAGACGUACUACUACCCAGCCUUCAACGCUGGGCGGACGGAGGACGCGAUCAAGUUUGCGCAUGAAUUUGGGGAGGUAUUGGCAAUGCCCAUUAUGCUCGAGGCUGUCAUGCGAGUUCGAGCAUCGCGCGGGUUGCGCAUGUCUUCAUUCCAUGGGAACUUUUUUGUCAGGUCCACCGACCUUCUUGCCAUGCCUGCCGUACCUCAAGAUCAGUCGUAUGCCAUUGAGAUACAGAUCGAAGAGCAAAUCAACACCCCAUUUGUUGUUAUGCAGACCGCAGUUCUUCACACCACGUGCUACGGCGAACGUCGUAUUCGCGUCAUUACUCUUGCGCUCCCAACGACAACCAUCCUCUCUGAAGUUUUUGCCUCCGCCGAUCAGGUUGCAAUUGCCACUCUUCUGGCAAAUAAGGCCGUCGAGCGGUCGUUGACACACAAAUUAGAGGACAGCCGAGAAUACGUUUUCCAAAAACUCGUGGAGAUCCUUAUCGCAUACAAGACAAGCAUGACGUCGGGCGGCGCUGGCGCCAGCGCGCAGCUGGCCAUUUCUGAAAAUCUGAAGAUGUUGCCCGUUCUUGUGCUAGGCCUGCUGAAGAACGUUGGGAUUCGCCAGAGUGCCCAGAUACCCCCCGAUAUAAGGGCGUACUCUCAAGCUCUUUUGACAUCCCUUCCAUCACAAAUUCUCAUUCCAUACAUCUACCCAACCUUCUAUGCGCUGCACAACAUGCCGCCCGAGGCUGGAACAAUCGGUGAAAAUGGAGUUAUUUUACCGCCAGCUCUCCCGUUGACGUCAGAGCGUCUGGAGAGGCACGGUUUGUUCCUUAUCGAGGAUGGACAGACCAUCUUCCUUUGGGUCGGCCGUGAUGCUGUUCCUCAACUUGUGCAAGACGUGUUCGACCUUCCCAGCUACGAUGUAUUGCGCGGCGGAAAGACGACUCUUCGCCCUCUCAGCAAUCCCUUCUCUGAACGAGUCAACGCCGUCAUCCAAAAGAUUAGAGAAAUGCGCCGUGGGAUCUACUACCCUCAUCUUUACAUCGUGAAGGAGGACGGAGAACCCCCCCUCAGGUUGUGGGCACUCAGCGCCCUCAUCCAGGAUCGUGCGGAUGUCUUGCCAAGUUAUCAACAGUUUAUUUCGUCUCUCAAAGACAAGGUAAUUACAACAUAGAGCGCUAUGGCAGGUUAAUGGUGCUGGAGGAAGUGGAUAUUAGUUUUUUAUGACAAACUGUAGCCUUGAACCUCCCUUCAUAUAUGUAUUACCCUGAACCUCUUCAAAAUCUACGUAUUAAUUUCUCGACUUCAA